CCCUCCCCAUUUCUUCUAUAAUUGCUUUGCCUCCUCCCUCCUCUCAUCUCUCCGAAACGCAAGAAGCAAUAUAUAAACAUAAAUUGCUAGCUAACAUCAAUAACAACAAGAGUCCACUUUCAGCUUCAAGAAGCAUAAUGAACCUCAAAGAAACCGAGUUAUGCCUUGGCUUGCCCGGCGGCGUUGAAGAGGCUGAUCAAUCAUCCAAGAUAACUGGAAAAAGAGGCUUCUCCGAAACCGUUAAUCUCGAGCUCAACCUUCAUCAAAAUGACCAUCCUGCAGCUAAUAUAGAUCUCAAUCAUAAACUCAAAACCCUGCCUCAGCAUUCUCUCAGCAAGCCACCAGCCAAGGCACAAGUUGUAGGGUGGCCACCAGUGCGGUCAUACAGGAAGAAUGUAAUGGCAGUACAGAAGAGCAACGCUGAGGAGACGACGACGAAGGCUUUACCGGGCGGUGGUGCUGCUUUUGUCAAGGUUUCGAUGGACGGAGCGCCUUAUCUUCGCAAAGUGGACUUAAAGAUGUAUACUAGUUACCAACAACUCUCCGAUGCCUUGGCUAAAAUGUUCAGCUCUUUUACCCUGGGUAAAUAUGGGUCCGAAGGAUUGAUAGAUUUUAUGAACGAGAGCAAGCUCAUGGAUGUACUAAACAGUUCUGAGUAUGUGCCCAGCUACGAAGAUAAAGACGGUGAUUGGAUGCUUGUCGGUGACGUGCCAUGGGAGAUGUUCGUUGAUUCGUGCAAGCGUCUGCGUAUAAUGAAAGGAUCAGAAGCAAUUGGACUGGCCCCAAGAGCCAUGCAAAAAUGCAAAAGCAGGUGCUAAAGCUUGCAGAAACUGACCGGCCUGCUAUAUAUCAAGUUCAUCUGUGAAUGAUUUUGCUUUGGAUGCAAUAUUAAAUAGACAUAUGUAUAGACAUUUAGGUGAAAAUUUGGGACGUGUGUAAUGGACAAGAAGAAGCAACCAACUUUCUUACAUA